AUGCCUCUCACUCCUCUUCGCCCUGGCGCCUACGCGCCCACGAUGACCUUCUUCAACCCCGACACGGAAGAGCUCGACGUACCAGCCAUCCGCCGUCACGCGGUGCGACUGGCCAAGGCGGGUCUCGUCGGACUGAUCACCAUGGGCUCUAACGGAGAAGCCGUGCAUCUCACUCGGGAAGAGCGCGCCACGGUCACACGCGAGACCCGAUCUGCACUGGACGAAGCCGGCUUCACCAACGUGCCCGUCAUUGCCGGUGCCAGCGAGAACAGUAUCCGCGGCACCAUCGAGCUGUGCAAGGAGGUCGCCCAAGCGGGCGGCGAAUACACUCUCAUCCUGCCUCCCAGCUACUACCGCACCGCGGUGGGCAACGACCAAAGCCUCUACGAAUACUUCACUGCCGUGGCCGACGGCUCCCCCAUCCCGAUCAUCAUGUACAACUACCCCGGUGCCGUUGCCGGCAUCGACAUGGACUCUGAUCUGAUCAUUCGCAUCUCGCAACACCCCAACAUUGUCGGCACCAAGUUCACAUGCGCCAACACGGGCAAGCUGACUCGUGUGGCCACGGCUCUGGGUGCUGUGACUCCGGCCUCGCCGCUCGCUCCCGCGCAGCGUGCGGCGCCUUCCGUCUCCAAGCCGGACGCGAAGCACCCGUACGUCGCCUUUGGCGGGAUCGCCGACUUCAGUCUACAGACCCUGAUCUCGGGUGGUUCGGCCAUCUUGGCCGGUGGUGCGAAUGUGAUGCCCCGUCUGUGCGUGCGCAUCUUCAACCUCUGGUCCGAGGGACGUUUGGCUGAAGCCAUCGAGGCUCAGCAACAGUUGAGUGCGGCGGACUGGGUGCUCACCAAGGCGGCCAUUCCCGGGACCAAGUCGGCGAUUCAGUCCUACUAUGGCUACGGGGGCUACCCGCGUCGUCCUCUCGCCCGUCUGACCGAGGAACAGGCAAAGGAAGUAGCGGAGAAGAUCAAGGGUGCCAUGGAGGUGGAGCUGUCCUUGAAGGACGUGGCUUAA